UUAAGGCGGAGGCUCCUCCUCUCGCCGCCGCCGGUCGCGCCGCCAUGGAGGGGGGCGUGCGGCUGCGCGCGGGUGCCUCCAAGGGGGACGUCCGGGAGAAGGUGUGGGACUACCUGGAGGCCAGCGGCCUGGCCGAUUUCCCGCGGCCGGUGCACCGCCGCAUCCCCAACUUCAAGGGGUCUCACCAGGCUUGCUGCUCUAUCAAAGAGCUGGAUGUGUUCAACAGAGCACGUGAGAUUAAAGUGGAUCCUGACAAACCUCUAGAAGGUGUUCGGCUAGCUGCAUUGCAGGCAAGGAAGACUUUGUUGGUUCCCACACCACGUCUGAGAACUGGGCUGUUCAAUAAGAUUGUUCCACCUUCAGGUGCAACUAAGGAGAUCCUGCGAAUAUGUGCUACAUCUCAAGGUAUAAAAGAAUACAGUGUGCCUGUAGGUCUUGAUGGGAAAGCACGGGUCGACUUGGUUGUUGUAGGAUCAGUGGCUGUCUCUGAAAAAGGCUGGAGAAUUGGAAAAGGGGAAGGUUAUGCAGACAUGGAAUAUGCAAUGAUGGUGUCAAUGGGUGCAGUGCAGGAGGAUACACCUGUACUUACUAUUGUGCAUGACUGUCAGGUGGUUGACAUAGCAGAAGAGCUUCUUGAUGAUCAUGAUUUAACUGUGGAUUAUAUACUCACUCCAACAAGAACUAUCAAGACUAAUUGCAAACGACCGAAACCUCAGGGAAUAAUAUGGCAUAAGGUCAGCUAUGAGAUGCUGGGAAAAAUCCCCAUCCUAAAGAGUCUUCGACACAGAGAGAAGCAGACUGGCAAGGAUGUUACCCUCCUAGAUGAACAUUCAGACUUGGCAAGUGCCAACACACCAGCAGUGUUAAAUGAGAAGGCGAUGGCUGAAAAUACAAGACCGCAGGCUGCUAUGGGCUCAGCUCAAAUAGGACAACAUUAUGUGGAAAGUGAUUCUUUAAGUCCCAGAUUAGAGGGAUCUGGCAUGAUUACUACUGUGUAUGUGGGGAACAUACCUCCCAGCGUAAGAGUGAGCGAGCUGAAAUGUGCUUUAAGGGAAUUCCAUGCAACUCCUUUACGACUGAAUUGGCAAGGAGCACAGCACAGGGCUUUUCUCGAUUACAAGGAUAAAGCAACCGCAGAGAGUGCUGUAUCCUCUUUGAAAGGCUUGAGCCUCGGGGGCAAUACUUUGCGAGUUGAGCUGGCCAAGAAUCAGAGAAACAAAGGGCAAGUAGAAAUCAAUAGUCACAAAUGAAUAUGAAUAGAGGGGAAAAAAAUAGGCUUGUUUUCAUUGUUUUGUGAGAAGCCAACCUAAGUUUUCAAGGAUAUUAGUAUAUCCUCUAAUUUCUGCAGGCUAAACAACAAAGUGCAAAGCCAACUUUUCAAACAAACGAGGCAUACAUCUCACAGCUGACUUGCCUGCCUCAUUCCUGCAGUUGUACGUGCAAAGUCUAUUUAUCAAGACAGAUGACGGGCCAUUUCUCUAAACAAUUACCCACAAAGUACCCACGCUCUCUGUAUUCAUUUUUCGCUGGCCGUGGGUUGAUUUGCUGUGCGGUGUGUACAUUUGUUAGGCCUGGAUCAAAAACCUGCCCCUGGGUAGCUGUGUGCAGCCACAUGUAAGGAGGUGAUUCUCUUCCGUCAUCUAAAGGUUGUACCUGCAAAUUUGUACUUGUGAGCUUAAAAGCCAGCUGCAGAAAACCCGUCUUAAGGGUUACAAUUCUGUUUACUAAAAAACCGGAGUUUGCCUCUUGGGAGUUUCCAGCAUAUUUUUCAUAAAAAUGGCUGGGGAGAGAGAUUGCCCUUUUUGUGCUCUUGUGAAGAACAGCGGUGGAAACACUGGCUCAGCCACUGAGUUCUAGUAAUAGCUAUUAACAUCAGGUGGAAGAGAUGGUAGCCCCUUUCUCAGUUCUGUUUUGUUAAUUCAGCCCUCUGUAAACCUUUUAUGUCUUAUUUCAGUCUGGCAGAGGAAAGUGAAGAAGAGUUUUCUCCUCUGUUUUUCCCCAAAACGCUUCAGGUACUUUUUUCAUGGAUGCAGAUAAUUAUAAAAUAGAUGCUUUUCCUGAU